CUCCCUGGCAAUGCUCAGUCCGAAGUUGUGCAGCAUGGGGCUACUGAACGACAAUGGACCAUACGUCCAUAACAACUCCAAACACUAUUUGGUUGUUGACUGAAGAAGCUGGUAGAGUGGGCACUAUUCAAGUGGUAUCGUAUAUACCGAGGUGAUGGUGUUUUGGCGCCGUCUUCGGUCGCGAAACUGCAGUCAGGCAACAUCCAGCGUGCCGCUGCUACCAUUUCGAUAAUAAUCUAUAUAAAACAUUACGAGAGAGCGAAAAACGGCCAGGCCGCGGAGUGUGAGGUCGAAUUUUUCGGUUUGCGGAACAAUUUUUUUUGUGAUAUGUUCAGUGCACUCUACGAGCUUAAGCAGGAAGUAUGACAAGUGUUACGGUGCUGGCAGCAAUUUUGCUGGGACCUCUGUUGUGGUGUAAUGGCUAUGCUAUUACCAUUGCCAGUGACAAAAAAGUAUCUGCGAGUGAAAAAGAAAGGAAAACAGAAAGUUUAACGUUUUCUGCAAACGGUGAAGAUCAGUUAAUAUUCAGCGAUACGACGUUCCAAGUGCGCAAUGAUGGUUCUCGGGGAGUUCCGGGACCGAUCAGAAGAGUUAGUGAUACUAAAGGUGCCAAUGAAUAUUUUGAAUCGGGUUGGCGACCAAUGUUGGUCUUCAAUAUGGAAACGGCUAGGGCAAAGUUCUCAGAUCAGCUUCCUCAGGAUUCCUCGCAUCGCUCAAAGGUGGUCGAGCCAUGGAAUAAAACCACAAGACUGUUUCGGUUCUCGGAAUCUGAUAUUAUGAUGAAUCCCAUGACUGUGUCAACAGAGCAAACUAGUGUACCUUCUUCCAAUAAAGUCAGAUUCAAAGAAAUUUCCUCAGAAGAAGAGCUUUCUUACGAAGAUUCUUUACAUCAAUUGAAUGUGGGAGAAGUGAAUCUGGUUGAAAAUCAUUCGGGAAUCACUCCGAGAAUGUUGAAGUUCGAAGAAAAUGAUGGAAUGAAAUUCGAUACCCACUUGCCAAAAGUAUUUGAAAGGGUUAAGGAUACACCAAAAACCCAAAUUGAUGGUACUGAAUCCAUGCAUCCGGCAAGCUAUGAAGUUUACCUUGUAGAAAACCUAAUGAAAAAUGCAACUGAAAUGCUUCGACCUGAAGAUGCUGAAAACAAGCAGGAUCAUUAUGGUGUUCCCAGUGAUACUCAACCACGCAUUGUUAAAAAUGAAAAUAGUGUACCCGACGCCGAAGAAAAUUUUUCAACCACUCCCAGAAAUGCAAGUAGGUUUUUCCGAUUCGAAGAGAGUAGCAGAGUACCCGAAACAAAUCCAGUCAGAAAUUUCAAAUUUCAGGAAAGCCAUGUAUCGCGAGAAGAUUUCAAGUUUCCUAGACAAGACUUAACUAGGACAAGCUCUGGUAAGCCUUUCAAAUUCCAUGAACCCGAAAACAGAGAACAUAAUUCGGCAUCUUCUCACAUGCGGUUCGAAGAAUCAUCUCAAAAACCAAAUCGUUUUUUCAAUGAGAGCCCAUCCCCGCCGCAGAGCACUGAAGAUCAGUUCUACACGGUAAAAGCAACAAUACAAAUUCAAGAAUCCGAUGGUUCCGCUAUUACACCACCGACCUUUCCCAUCACAACUAAAAGACCAAAAAAGAAGAAGGGUAAAAUCUACAAUCAACAUGGAAUCGAUAUCAGAAAACAAGAUGGGUUCAACUAUCAACAACCCCAAGAUUACGACAACUAUCUACAAAACGGUCAACAUCAAGCCAAUUACCAGAUCCCUCCAACACCUCAAAGUAUCCCCGAUAGCUCUUAUUACCAAAACCCAGGUCCCAGUAGUCCAGGAACGCCAUAUCCGCCCUUCGAUCCCAGCAACUUCUACAUUCAAAACUACCUCGCCAACUAUCCGUACCCUCAGCAGCCCGCCCCCAUUCAGCAACCUUACGCCGACGCAUCCGCCUCUUAUCCACAGCAACCGAACGUCCCAACGAACCUGAUCAACGGUGGCCAAUCAGACAGCCCCAUAAGCCCCCAGAGCAUUUUCGGUUUCCUACAGAGCAUAUUCAACUUUGCCCCGGGAACCUUUGGUAACUAUCCUCCGACGCAAACGCAGUCGCCAUCUAGUCAUGUUAGCGAUCUAACCGGUGGAGCACAUGUCCAGCAUUCGCCGGCGGCCUCGGGUGGAUCGGCAUCGCCCAUCAUGGCCGUCAGCAGUCAGCUUCGGAAAGCACUGGACAAUAUCGCCGGCAACGAUGAGCUCCAGUGCGUGCCGAAGCUGAUCUGCAUGAUGUCCCGGCGAUCCAGCGGGCAAGGGUUCAGUACCUACGUCAAUCGGGGAUUGUUGAGCACAGUGUUGAGUGCUGUCCCCGACAGCUCACCGUGGCUCAAAUUUUCCCGGGCAGCCCUACUCGGGUACGGAAUUGGAGCCAACAGCUGUGACGUGUACUACCCCAAGUGCCCGAAGGACGAGCCGGAGAUCAUCCACUACUUGAACAACCACCGGGGAGGCUUCUUCCGGUUCUUCAACGAUGACCACAAAAGCUCCAGCAGCGGUUGAUCGAGGUCGUGCCAAACGUGAACGCUUAAAACUAAAACAAUGCUAGACAACCUAAUCCGUGCGUCCUUAAGAUAGGGGAGAAAGUGUGACUAUUUAUUUGAUUAGCUGGUAGAUAAAAUAAAGAAACCAAAACUUAUCAAUUAACCCGAAA